CUCUCCCUCUGCGCUGGCUCUACUGCUGCUAUUCUGGGAAGCGGCGCUCGGAAUAACCCCCAGUGCGCGCGUGCGUUUCUGCGUGUCCGUGAUUGCGCUUGCGUGUGUGCGUCCUGGAGCGUGUGCGUCGUGCGUGUCUCCUGAUUUCACCCUCGCCAGCAAACAGACACUGACUGACAACACACAGACAUUUACAGUGGCUGCGGCGGAGCGAGGAGCGCCGAGCCGAACGGAUUCACGCUCGUUUUUACGCUGAACUCUCCGCUUUUUCCGCGGUGUUCAGCCUUCGCUCUGUCCUUUCUCGCCGCGGUUUUCUGGUGGAACUACACCCUUGCUCUAUUGGCGUCUUGUCAAGCCACAGCCAGGCGGAACCCAGCUGUCCUGUCACUUGUCCUUUCGCUUCCUUCGUGUUGACAUUCUGUCCAAAGGGGCCGGGGACAAGUCUGUGGACAAGAGGAGCAGCUUCAUUCAUAAUCAGGGUCCACAGCCAUCUUGUCUCCAUGGAGAUGUUACUGUUAUCCCCCGAUUAUUCUACAGUAUGGAAAUAAACUUGAUAAUUACAACUGAGACAGGUUAAUGGUCAGAUUAAUGAAGAAGCAAGCCUGUACAUGAUUGUCCCCAUGAACCACCGCUUCAGCUAAAACCAAACUGAGCAUGUACACUGCAAACCAAUUGGAUGAACUCAAGCUAAAAGCAAACUGAGCAUGUGCAGAAAAACAGAUUUCCUGUUGAACAAGCUGAAUGAUUUCUGAAUCUACCAAACGUGGAUCUACUUGCACUUUUACUCAUAAAAGAUCAUUUGACAUUGGCUUUGCAACAACUGGAGAAACCAUCAUGUUUACAAUACCAGAAUCAGAGUGCUACAAUGCUAAUGUUGUCAUUUGAUGCUCCUGUGUUUUUGCUUACCUAUAUUUUGGUCCGGUGCAGCGAUGGACCUGAGCUGAACUUGGCUUUAGCCCCAAAACUUUGAGCUAUGCUUUUAAUGAGCUUUGGGACUUUUUAACUAUCUAAAUCUCCCCAACUUCCCCCCUUUUCAAACCUAAGAAAGAGCAUUAAGCGAUGGAAGCUCAGGAGCCUGCUUCCGGUGGUGGGCAGAAAUGCCAAAGCAAAGAUCCAGUGAUGGACAAGGCAACUUUGCAAAGGAAGUGGGCAUCAGAACCUUCAUCCACCAAACGAAGCACUUUUGCCGAUCCAGAGGCUAAAAACAGGGAGAGCUUACCUUGUGGUGCUACUGGUGGAUCUGUGCCACGACAAAAAUACGGAAUGAUGGGAAAUACUGGGAAAAUGCUACCGGGACAGUCCCCAAUGGGAGAAUCGCAAGGACCAUAUGGGCAGGGGUUUCCAAGGGGAUAUGCCUACCAGAUGGGCCAGCAAUAUCCACAACAUCCACAAACAGAGCAGCGGUUCUUGUCUGGAGCCAAACCCCAGCCAGGACUCGAACCUCAUGCUUGGCCCUUUGCCGGUCAGCUCCCUUCAGACGAUUUAUUUGGACAUCCUGGGCAUACACAACCACAUGCAUCUGGGGCAGGACGCUUUCCAAGGCAAAAAUCACCAAGUUUACCCAGUUCUUUUGGGCAGUAUUCCCAAUCGGAUUCCUUGGAAGAGAGUCAUGGCAAGAAAGAUCAAAAGCCAAAAAAGCCCGGGAAGUAUAUAUGUCACUAUUGUGGACGAGCUUGCGCCAAACCAAGCGUUUUGAAAAAGCAUAUCCGGUCACACACAGGAGAGCGACCCUACCCGUGCGUGCCGUGUGGAUUCUCCUUUAAAACUAAAAGCAACCUUUACAAACAUCGUAAGUCCCAUGCUCACGCCAUUAAAGCAGGUCUGGUGCCGUUUUCGGAUUUGGCCGCAUCUCGAGCCGGAGAGUUGGACCAGGCGUCUCCAUCGGGGGAAGCAGAGGUGCACUCAGACGGAGAGCAGAGUACAGACACGGACGAGGAGGGGGUGGAAGGAGCCACGAUGCUGAUGGAGAAAGGGAGUCCUGUACCUCAGAUAUCCUUUGAGGCUGGAAAAAAUGCAGGUGGUGUGGAACCCGCCUAUGCAGACUCAGCUGAAGAGCUAUCCAUGGGAGCGAUGAAAGUGCCUAUCCUGAUCGUUCCCAAACCUGGAGCUGUCCCUUCUCCAGGAAUGGAGUACCCCCCAUUUCAAGACAGCAAGACCUCACACCACAUGCUGGGCUCUCAGGCCGGGGGCCGAGUGCACUCUCUGGAUGACUCCCCCAACAUCAAAAAAUGUCUAGCCUUGAGAAUAAAAGAGAAGAAAAGUCUAGAUUCAGAUCCAGCAACUCAGUCGCUUAACCUCUUGAGCCCAUGUAAAGGCAGUACGGACUCAGGGUACUUUUCACGUUCUGAAAGUGCGGAACAGCAAAUUAGCCCUCCAAAUACAAAUGUCAAAACUUACGAAGAGAUUAUGUUUGGUAGGACAUGGUACUAUCGUCCAAAUUCUCGAUCUAGACAGUCCAUAACAGCGGUAAUGACUGGUGCAGACCCCAACACUCUAGCUAACUUUAAACAAAAAGGUGCUAUUAUUGACAUGGGGAAGUUAACUGAAGAUUUAUGUUUUAGAGGUGAUGUGGGUGUAUCCGGAGACCCAAAGCAAUAUCUUGCUGGACCUUGUCAGAGCAGCACCGGACUCCUCGAACCUCCUUCUGAAUCAAGUCACCUCACUAGAAGCAACUCAAUGCCAACUCCGUCACCACCAAACCUUAGCAUACCUCCUGGAAUCCGAGGCAGCCACUCUGUUGACGAAAUGAUGCCACCAGAUGAGGUAUUUUACCCUCCGCGGAUACUCAGAAGGCAGAAAGCAUUUGAGCAUUCAGGCAAUGAAGUGCAUGUUGGAGAAACAAUGGGUGGCAAAGUGGUUGGCUUGCAAGGUACGAAAGUUAGCAUGUCAGAUCUAGCGACAAGGAAACGAAGAAAGGUCAUAAGUGUAGGCGAUGAGGAUGAUAGUCCAGGGCAUUGUGACAGCAGCUGUAGUGGUUCAGUUGAAAUGACAGUAGAUUAUGAAUUUAAAAGUAGUCUUGAUGGCACCAGAAGUACGCCAACAGGAAAAGGGUCGUUCCAUAGCCAGUCGGACAGCUUCGAUACAUGUCCCAGUGUGUGCUCAGAAGACAUUGCACUUUUUAAUGAGUUGGAUGGCCGUAAAGCAGCCGGGAAUGUUAUAUCUGUCAUCCAACAUACCAAUUCUCUCAGCAGGCCAAACUCUUUUGAGAAAUCUGAAUCUUUUGACCAGCAAACAUAUCAGGAUAGGCCUCUAGUUAGCCAGUACUCUGAACAGUCGGACAGUGAAAUUUAUGAAGAUGCUUUGAGUCCAGAUUCUGCGUUGUUUAGGACAGAAAGUAUGGAGCAACAGGUGCAAAGUGAUAGUGACUUUGCGUCUCAUUCGUCACCAUCUGCUGCGCCCUCUCCUGGACAACCUUAUCAUAUACCACACAAACUAGUGCGCCAACCUAACAUCCAGGUUCCAGAAAUCAGGGUGACAGAAGAGCCGGACAAGCCAGAGAAAGACUUAGAAAUUGCUGCGUUUAAGGAACCAGAAAAGACACAAGAAGAGUUUCAGUUGCCACAGAGGAGUGAUACAUUGUCUCAAAUGCCAUCUGAGAAACUCCCACCCAAAAAGAAAAGGUUGAGAUUGGCAGAUAUGGAGCACUCAUCGGGGGAGUCAAGUUUCGAAUCGACCUGCACCAGCCUGUCCAGGAGUCCAAGCCAAGAGAGCAACCUGUCCCACUCCUCAUCAUUCUCGAUGUCAUUUGACAAAGAAGAAGCAAUGAAGUCGAUGUCACCAACCAAACAGGAUGACUCAAUGGCCAGUGGACCUAAGCAGUCUGAGUUCUUGACAGUACCAGGCAGUGGUCAUUCGAGCCACCAUCAGCAGAGAGAGAUGAGGAGGUCUUCUUCAGAGCAGGCCCCAUGCACUUUACCAUCAGAGUUACCUGAAAUGAGAAGCAAGUCUUUCGACUACGGAAAUCUAUCCCCUUCACGACAGGGAGAGGUAUACUCUAGUGCCUCUGCCAUGAAGGAGAGAAGAAGAGGAUUUCUGGUUCGACAGGCUUCACUGAGUGUUUAUCCAGAAGCAGUAGCUCAGGAGUCUUCAAGUGAGAUGACUAUUAAACAGGAAGAACAUGGGUCUUGGUCUGCUGCCCCUUGUGGCGAUGUUAUGAGGAGCAAGAGAGGUGGCAGUGGUGUGGGCUCUCAUCCUCACCAGCAGCAUACCCAGUACAUGCUCCAACAGAGCAUCAGUGAAGACAGUCUGCAAGAUGAACCUCUUCAUGUUAGGCCCCAGCACUACCGUCUGCAGACCCAGGGAUCUUCAUCAGAAGGAGAACAUCAAGAGGUCAUGAACAAGGAAAUCAUGCAACAAUAUCCAAGUGGCCCGCCGUUUAUACCCUUUGCACAACAGGGCGUAUACUGGAGCCAAGAUGGUGGACAGAUCCCCAGACAUCAACUGGCCAUUCAACAACUUCAAAAGCUGCACAUCCGCUCUCCUGGACAUCCCACCCACAAACAUUCAAUCCACGAUCAGCCAACUCCAGAUGCAAAAGUGGAAACUUCCCAAAUGUAUUCUGGGAGUUUUUCAUCUCGUAGUUCUCCUCUAUCCCAGUCUCACUAUGUUACUAAGGCUAGCCAAUCCAACCCCACCACCAAUUCAAUACUUUUGCAACAGAUCCAACCAGUAUUUGCCACUCAAAAUGCAAACCCACAAGCCUCUCUACCUGGUAUGCUAGUUCCUGUUCGCAUACACACCAAUGUGCCAUCUUUCGGUAGUGUUAUGUACACCAGUGUUAGCCAGCUAUUACCCUCACAAGACAGUGCACAGCUAAUCAAGGUUACAGAUAACAUACCUCCACCUGCAGUAAGCAAGCCACCUUCAGGGGGAAUCUCUGGCGGUAUCAGCGGUACUGGAUUCAACUUAGCGCACUUCCUUGGACAAACUGAUCUGUCUGCAUUAAGAAAGUCACCAAAUCUUGCAUGUCUUAACACAGGAAUCCCACUUUCACUAACAUCAGGGACAAUUUCUACUACAGACGCAUCUAGCUCAGCCGUUGGAGGGAAACGCAUGCUAUCACCGACCAGUUCUUUGGAGUUGUUCUUUCAAACUAAGCAUCAAAAACGUGUCAAAGAAGAAAGAAUGUAUGGGCAAAUUGUCAAAGAGAUGAGUGCUGUAGAGUUGAGUGGUACUGAAAGCAAAGCCAAACAAUACAACCAAUCAAGUGAAGAAGUUGAUGAAUCAGAGAGAAUGUCCCAGUCGCCUCCUUUAAGCGAUGUGCCUCCCAAAAUUUCCAUUCCUGUUAGAUCUUCUGCACCGCAACCACCAGAUCUGCCUCGAGCUGAAAGUUUUACCCCUCCUUUGCAAAUUGUUACUGUUCGGUCACCAAAAAACAGUGGGAGAGAUUCACCGGAAGAACUUGAUGUUGAUGUUUCCAAUCCUAGCCCACAAUCAAUGGUAUCUAAUGAUGGAGAGGAGUGUGAUAGCCCCAAGAAAUCCAAUGCUAAAUCCCCUGUUAACAUGCUAGUCCAGCUUUCUAAUAACCAAAAUAUUGGACAAUCUGGACAGACUUUGCAAGUGACAGAUACAGCAGAUGCUCAGUUUUUCCAGUUCCCAAGCUUAAGAACUCUUAGCAAAGUUAGCUGGUGCUUUUUGAACUACACCAAACCAAACGCAAAUCCUGUUAAUGAACAUAACUCAGUCUAUAGUUCCUGGUGCGUUAGUUCCCAUAAUCCUAACCCUCUGAAUCUUAGCACGAAAGCAGCACUGGCUCUGCUCCGAUCCAAACAAAAGAGAUCCACAGACUGGAUCUUCACCACCGCACCUCUGUCACCUCCAAGCUCUGGGAAGCUGGUCUCAUCUAUUGCUUGGAAGCUACGGUUUGAUCAGUUGAAGCCAGAGUUGAUGCCUGUUGAUGUGAGUAAAUUUGGGAAGAAGAUGAAGGGAGUGGUUUCUUGGGACCGGUCCAAAGAAGAUCAGGGAGAGAAGGAGGUGUCCGUCAAACCGCCCACUGUAGAGCCCACCCGAAUCAAGAUCUUUGAAGGAGGGUACAAAUCCAAUGAGGACUAUGUGUACGUUCGCGGGCGCGGUCGGGGGAAGUACAUCUGUGAGGAGUGUGGGAUCAGAUGUAAAAAGCCCAGUAUGUUAAAGAAACACAUUCGCACUCACACGGAUGUCCGGCCCUAUGUCUGCAAGUACUGCAACUUCGCCUUCAAGACUAAAGGAAAUCUGACGAAGCACAUGAAGUCAAAGGCUCACAUGAAGAAGUGUCUGGAGCUUGGAGUGUCUAUGUCGUCGGUGGAGGACACAGAGGCAGAUGAAGGAGAUGCAGUGGAGGAGGGCCCGCCCUCAGAAAAACGGUCCUCUCUGGAGCCGCACCAGUUCUCAGACGCCGACGACUCUGACGGCGAGGAGCUGGAUGAAGACGAAGAGGACGAAGAGGAUGACUACGACGGAGACUCCACCCCCAAAACCUGCUCGCGCUCCACCAGCCCCCAACCGUACGGCCUGCCCGCUAUGUCCAUCACAUCUGUGGCCCCUCACCUCUCCCCCCACCCCCCUCACCCUUCUGGCUCUCCGGACAUCUUGGGACACUCCUCUAAACCCCCUCCUUCUCUGUUCGGAUACUUCACCACUGUCCCAAGCAUUCAGAUCACUCCGCAAGCUCCUCAUCCCGUUGAUUCAAAGGAGCAGUUCCAGCGCGGGACGUCUGGGAAUAGACUCCUUGUUCCGCCAUCUUUAGAUGAGGAGCUGUCCAUGUCAUCUUCAGAUCUUUGCACCCCGUCUCGCCUCUCCUCUCCGGGAUUGGACCACUCUGGAUGCCCCUCCCCCAUCUCUCCGUCCUCCUCCCCAUCUGCGCGUCGCUACCUCUCCCCACACCGAGAGCUGUCCCCCAGGUCCGGGCACCUGUCUCCACGCAGGGAUGUUUCGCCAUUACGCCACAUAGCAGGGACUUAUAGGAGAGAUUUGUCCCCCCGGAGAGGACACCUGUCUCUGCUGUCUCCACUGUCCAGGCCCACGUCACCAGGAGGAAGCAGAGAUUUUAAGAGGGAUCUGUCCCCUAGAGGGCGCCACCGGGGGAUGAUUAGACCACUGUCCCCGCGAAGAGGGCUACAACAUCAGCACCUCCUGCACCAAAGCCAGCAGAGUGGGUCUCGUAGCCUGAGGGCAGGUCUCCAGUCUGGGCUGUUGGGUCAGACACGAGCCAACGCUGACAUGGAGACGGAUCAGUUGGGCUCAUCCUCUCCAGAUGGGAACAGGGGAAGUCCUCCUCAUCAAGUUCUGUUUAGUCACCUCCCCCUGCACUCACAGCUACAGGUGCGCUCUCCUUUCCCAAUGAUCCCCAUCGGCGGCAUCCAGAUGGUCCACUCCGUCCCAGUUUCGGCCACCUCUCCUCUGCCCCAACAUGCACCCAACCCCUCCGCUACAUCCCCCCGAAUCAUGAGCCUUCAGAAAAGCACGUCUGAGGACUCCAACCAGGGCGACUCCACCCCUCCACCUCCUCCUCAUCUCCACGGAAACAUCUCACCCUCUCCACAACCACCGCAAGACCCAGCGAGGCCCGGCGAAUCGGAGGAGGGCAUUCAAACAUUCACUGAUAACUUCUCGUCCCUCUGUAUCGAUUCGGAGAAAAACUUGGACGAAGCGAAAUCACAAAAUACGCCAUUGCACUUUAGCCAGUCGCCAACGCCCAGCCCCUCCUCAGAAAGCACAACAGGAAGCAAAGAACCAGCUUCUUAACCUUAAAACGAAGGGAGUCAGUGCAAGUUUGAGAGACACUUUUUGCACAUGCAUUAUCUUAAUAGUCUCAUAUGUAAAAAGCAUAUUGUCUUGGGCUACAAUUUUUAAUUUAAAGACAAUGAAACCGAUCGACACCUGGACUAAAGGUUGGUCGGGAGGUACGAAAAAUUCAAAAAUACGUGCGUGCCUUUUUUCAUUAUUUUAUUUUUUUUUGUCUUGCUUAUUUCUUAUAAGCCACAAACCAGGAAGGUAAUUGUAAAUAUGAUAUACAGUGUAUCAGCUUUGUAUUCAUGCAAUCUCCCUCAUGUCCUUAUACCCCAUCUUUCUUUUACGUCAUGUGAUUUUUGUUCUUUUUAGUCACCUUAAACAAGCGAUGUGAAGUUACGGAUUAUUACGUACGGUUGCACUAAAACAUAUUUUUAUAAGAGUGAAAUUUAAAAAUGGCUUUUUUGUGUACAGCAGCAAUUCUAAUACUAUUUAUUAUUGUUACCAUGUUUCAUAAAUUGUACAUUUUUUUCUUAAAUGUCGUGGAUGCCUUUUCUAUGUAAAGCAUGGGUUUUGCUAUGGCUUUAGUUAGAGCGAGGAUAUGUACACUGUAAAAUGGCUUUAUGUGUGAGACCAACACCUUCUCUAUUAUGUAGAACUGUGUGGUCAGUCUUUCUACCUGUGCUGAAGAAGUUAUCGCCCCACAAACUAGUAGAUACUUACAUUUCUGCUAAAAGGUGUAUCUAGGUAGGCUAAUAGUAAGUAUUGUAUCUUGAGUUUUGACUUGACAAUUCCGUUAUCUACCAAUGAAACAACACUUUUUGUACUUAAAGUAAGAAAGGUGCAUUGAGGUUCACCAUUGAGCUAUGACUUUUUCUGGAAUGUUUUACAGUAUGGUAUUAAACCUUUCUAUCUACAUGGAGACCAAACCAGACCAAGUUACUGGUCUGUGGCGAGGCAACCCUGCUCACAUUUAGAAUGCCUGUUUUUCUUAGUAUUUUUGAGCGAUAAAAUCACCAGUAAUUGCAUAAAUGUAAGUUAGAGAUUUUUAAUGUCAUACUAUGGAACACUCCAGGCAGAGCAAUAGAAGCAACCGGGUGACAGAUCCUCUACCAGAAAAGUUACACAAUGCACCUUUAAGAAAAACAACCAAUGUUUGCACUUAAGAAGAGAACAAAUAUACCUUAUUCCAUUGGUAGAUCAUUUCACUUGAAAGUCAAGUCUAUAUGUUCUUAAUUCAAGUUAUUUUAAUUCGCCUAGAUACUUAAAAAAAAGUACACCCAGCUUUUUCUGUUGCCAUUUCAAAAAGGCACAUGUAUCCAUACACCACUUAAUUACAACUGCCGUAGAUUCAUAUGGCAAAGUUACCUCUUAUCUAUAGCCUUCUCACUCAAAGAUGAAGAUUUUUUAUUUGUUUUGAAAAUUUUAAUUUACCUACACAAUUCCCAAUUCACAUUAUGGUCCUUAAAACUAUUGAAACUAUAUUGUACAAAAAUGUACUAAACAUUACCAUAAGCCAGUAGGGGGCGCUGUCAGCAUCAGUACAGAGCUACUGACCACAUUUGUCUCUGCACAUGAGAACAUGUUGUUUUGGAUCUAUUUAAAUGGGUCUAUGUGGCUGACGUAGAUGCUUAUACACAUAAAAGUAUGUUACCCAGCAUAUAAAUACAAUAUAUAAAUCUAUCUAUUCUCUAUCUAUGUGCACUUAACAUUAGAGACAUUCACAUUGACGUAGUUUGGCUUGUACAUUUCCGCUGCUCUUUCUGCCUGUUGUGGACUUUUUGACAUUAUUCUUCUGUGCGAUGGAUCUUUGUUUUUCGGAGUCUGCAUUGAGCAUUAAGUGAACGCACCGUGGCAUUUAGCACACGUCACUCACCAUUCAACAAUAACAAUAAUAAUCUAAUGCAGAAACAUUCCAGUCCAUGUAAAUUAACCAUCAACUUUUCACAUACAGUCCUUUGGUGAAUAGCUAUGAAUCAGUUCCUAUUUCAAAAUGUCUCAAAAAUGGAAAAGAGUGUGGGUGACCUUGUGUCCUUGUUAAACUUUUCUUCGUAAUGUACACUCAAAAUCCAAGAACGAAGAAUAGCGUACUAUGGAUUAAUUUGAAUUGAAAUGAUUGGAAGUAAACCUUGUGCUACCUUUUUUUUAAUUAUUUUCAUGAUGAUUUGUUAACCAAAGCUGUAACGGGUAAAAUCAAAUUAAUUUUACUAGUUAAGUUUAUUGUAUACCAAAUUCAAGGUUGCCAAAGAAUGAUAUUUCUUUACUGAAUGUAAAACUGUCAACAUGUAAAAGAAAGAAACAUCACUGAUGGUUAAUCACUCUUUAAACUGAUGUCAAAUGGUUGAUACUGUCAGUGACUUUGAAAUGCAGUCUGUUGCUCACAUGGGAUUAUUCAUGUUCUCAAACAAAUCUUAGUAACCACGGUUACGCUGACUAAUAAUACCAGAUGGUUAUAAAACAAUGGACAGGGCAGGAUGUUUUUUUAGUUUCUCAACUCUUCAAGUGAACAAAGCCAUGGUCCAAAAACACAUUUAAAACUACAGCUACUUAUUUAAAUAAAGUAAACAAGGACAAAGAGGAAAUGGAUGCAUUCAAAUCUAUUCACCAAACUCUGAAACCAAAAGCACCUUACUCUCUCCCGUUUCUCUCUCUCUCUCUCUCUCUCUCUCUCUCUCUCUCUCUCUCUCUCUCUCUCUCUCUCUCUCUCUCUCUCUCUCUCUCUCUCUCUCUCCCUCUCUUUCUCUGUUUCUAUCUCUCUAUCUCUCUCUCUUGUGCAUUAAAGCUCCGUCUAACAGUCUGACUAAUCCUUCUGUACAUUCUCGCUUCUCUCUCCUCAGAAUCCAUUUUGUAGCUAAGCAAUAUUUCUGUGAACUCUGCUGGCAGCAGGGAGUGUUCUUGUUGCAAGGCAACAUUAGUUAAACCCUUGAAUCAGGAGUUAGUGGGAGUUUGUGGACACUUGGGUGCAUUUCUCUGUAUUCUCGGUGUGUAUUCAAACCAAUAUAUCCUCUACUACUUCUUAUGACGAUGUUUUUCUAUUUCCUGUUAUGUACUAAACUUAUCAUGACAACAAUGAUGUCUUUAAAUCUCUCAGAAAUAUCAAAGCACAAGUCAUUGUAUAGAAAUGACGAGCGUAAGAAAAAGGACAAAAAAAGAUGGUGUGCGUUUAAGGGUAACUCUGUGACGGUGUCUGUAUCAUGUCUGAGUGAGGAGUCGCAGUACAAGUGGACAAUGGAUUGUUGUUUUCAAAUAAAUAUGAAUACAAAUUUA